AUGUCUGCUGCUGAGAGGAAAUUACGCGGUUUGAAGAAUCGCAAACGCAGCAUCCUCUCAUCGUUAGCCGGAGUUAGAAACUUCGUCAACAAUUAUCAAGACGACAGAGACAAGCGCGAGGUGCCCGUACGCCUUGAGAAUUUGAUGGACCUGUGGACGGAAUACAACUCCGUACAGGGUGAGCUGGAUAUGCUGGAAGAAUCCGACGAAGCUUUGGAGACGUACUUGAAGGAGCGGACAGAGGUAGAGAAAUUGUACUACAUAGCGAAAGGUACGUUACUCCAACUACAUCAGACCGAGCCGGCACCUGCCCGUGCUGAUACGAAUCAAGUUUCGCACCUCAAGUUACCAAAUAUUAAACUGCCCAUUUUCGAUGGAAACUUUGAGACCUGGCUCAAUUUCCACGAUUUAUUCGUAUCGCUCGUGCAUACUUCGACCUCCUUGUCGACGAUACAAAAGUUUUACUACUUACGCUCCUCAUUGGCUGGUGAAGCGUUAAAAUUAAUUCAAACCAUUCCAAUAAGCAACGAACAGUACCCGGUAGCUUGGAAUUUGCUGGUCAAUCACUAUCAAAAUGACCGGCGCUUGAAACGAACUUACGUUCAGUCACUAUUCGAGUUUCCUUGCCUGAAGCGAGAGACGGCCGUGGAAUUGCACAGUCUUAUCGAAAAAUUCCAGGCCAAUGUCAAGGUGUUAAAGCAAUUGGGCGAACGCACUGAGCAUUGGGAUGUACUGCUGAUUCACCUUCUCAGUACACGGUUAGAUUCCGUCACGAGGCGCGAUUGGGAAGAAUACGCGGAGGCGAACGAUGUGAACAAGUUCCAGCAAUUGAUUGAAUUUCUUCAACGACGAGUCAACGUGUUGGAAACGGUUGGCGGAAGGUCAGUGGAGACAUCGGUAUCAGUGAAGAAGUUCAACGCACCUCGAGCUGCCAACCACGGUGCUUCUCAGUUUGGAUCCUGGCAGUGUCCAGCUUGCCCCGGCAAGCAUCCCCUCUAUGCGUGCGGAGAAUUCUUCAAAAUGACAGCCGACGAGAAGGAGCAACAGGUUCGACGCAACAGGCUUUGUCGAAAUUGCCUGCGGCGAGGGCACAUGGCCAAGGAGUGUCCAUCCGAAAGCAGUUGUCGUAAGUGCAGAGGACGACAUCACACACUAUUGUGCUACGCUACAAGACCGGAGGGCAGCAGUCAAUCAGCAGCCGUCGCACAUUCAAACCAGCCAUCCAGCAAUGACGAACCACUCUCAUCCACCCCCGCAGCGCAUACGGGCAUCACCAGCUGCACUUCUCGAGACAAAUCACGAACGACGGUCCUGUUGGCUACAGCGAUCAUCGUCAUGGAGGACAACAGCGGGAACGAGCAUCCAGUACGCGCCUUGCUGGAUUCAGGCAGCGAAUGUUGCUUCGCAACGGAGCGACUAGCACAGCGAAUGCAGAUUUCUCGAAGCAGAGUUAAUUUGCCGAUAGCAGGAAUCGGCGAAGCGGCCACCGAGGUCCGCUGCAAGUUCCAGUCCACGAUAAAAUCAAGGAUUUCCAAUUACAGCGCUACAAUUGAAACAUUCGUCCUUCCCAAGGUUACCGUCGAUUUGCCAUCGAUCUCUGUCGAUGCGUCGAGCUGGUCACUUCCAACAGGAAUUCAGUUAGCCGAUCCGUCUUUCUACCAAUCUGGGACCAUCGAUGUUGUGCUGGGAGCGGAAGUGUUCUUUGACUUGUUUAGCGUUGCGGGGCGCAUUUCAUUAGGCGAGUCGCUUCCUUGUCUCGUGAAUUCCGUCUUCGGUUGGAUAAUCAGCGGAAAAACAUCUCAAGGGCAGUCAAGGCCUUCCAUAGUUUGCAACGUCGCCACUACUGCCGAGCUACAACGCAACAUGGAGCGUUUCUGGGCGAUUGAGGAUGACUCGGCAAUUGUUCCUUCUGCAGCUGAAGCCUAUUGCGAGAAGUUCUUCUCUGAAACCACUGUUCGCGGUGAGGACGGACGGUACAUGGUGCGCGUACCGUUCAAGGAAGACGUUCUGAGAAAAGUAGAUCGCAAUAAACGCACUGCAUAUCAUCGUUUUCGCUUGAUUGAGAACCGACUAGGACGAGACCAGCAGUUAGCCGACGAAUACACGAAGUUUAUGGAUGAGUACGAGGAGUUGGGCCACAUGGAGCGAAUUGAAAACAUGGAAGCAGUGUCUGGACCUGCCUACUAUAUUCCGCAUCAUCCAGUGAUUAAAGAAGAUAGCACCACCACCAAGGUCCGCGUCGUCUUCGAUGCUUCGUGCAAGAGCGCUAGUGGAGUUUCUUUGAACGAUGCCAUGCUGGUUGGUCCCGUCGUUCAGGAGGAUUUGAGGGCAAUCACGAUGAGAUCCCGACUUCAUCCGAUCAUGCUAAUCGCCGACGUUGCCAAAAUGUAUCGGCAAAUCUUGCUGUUUCCCGAAGACCGCCGAUUUCACCUAAUCUUCUGGCGCCGAUCUCAGACAGACCCGAUCCAAACCUUCAGAUUGAAGACUGUAACCUACGGAACCGCUUCAGCACCGUAUCUUGCUACCAGAGUACUGAAACAGAUCGCUCUUGACGAGGGCGCGAAUUAUCCAGCCGCAGCUCAGGCGGCUAUCGAAGAUUUUUACGUUGACGACCUUUUUUCUGGAGCAAACACUGUCGCCGAAGCCAUCGAACUUCGCGAGCAAAUGGAUGCCAUGUUGAAUUCAGCCGGAAUGCAACUCCGAAAAUGGGCGAGCAAUUCUCCGGCAGUACUCGUAAGCAUUCCUCCAGCCAACCGACCCAUAGAACCGUCGGUGGACUUUGCCAAGGACCGGUCCAUCAAAACUCUGGGCCUGCACUGGGAGCCCGGCUCGGAUCAGUUGAAGUACGUCGUCCCCGAAGCCUCCGUCGUUCUAAACACCGUAGUAACGAAGCGCAGUUCCCUGUCCAACAUCGCUAAGUUGUUCGACCCACUCGGUCUGGUAGGUCCUGUAGUAGUCGUUGCCAAGGUUUUCAUGCAAGCACUGUGGGGUCUGAAGGACGAGAAUAACAAACCGUAG